GGCGGGAGCCGGGUCCGGCCUGGUCGCGCUGCUGUCCCUCGGUGGCCCCGGCGAGUGCCCGCUCUGCCCCCGCCCCGCGCUCGGUCCAAGCAACACCACCUGCAGACAGCUUCUGGAGACUUGGACUAAUGGUCUGGGUUGCAAUCUCUUCAGUCAUGAAGUAAGAGCUGAGCCUGGGCCCAACUUCUCAUUUCCCCAAGUUUCCAAGCAUUUUGGAAAUGGAAAAAGUCAAAACACCCCCCAGGAGACAGACACUCCCAAGCUCAGUGGGGCAGGAGCCCCAUAUGAAUACCAACACCCCUGUGGCUAGACCCAAGAGCCCAGCUGACACUCUAGCUUCUCCCAGGCCUGAGUUUCAAACAAAAGCUACCAACACCCCAGGUAGACUUGGCUGGGAUUCUGGGGAGGGCCUGCUGGAAACCAAGGUCAAAAUUGAGUUUGUGGACAUAACAGAGAAGGCCAGCAAUGGACACAGGGGGAAAAUCAGAGCCUCUGGCUCCCAAAACCAGCAUGAACGAGACUUGUCCUUACAAAGGAGUAGCUCCUGCCCCCAGACCAGUGGCACAUUGGUUCCUUCAGUUGACCCAGACCAAGUUCUAGAGAAGCAGGUAGACGGUGCCCUUGACACACCUGCCUGCACUGGGAAGAGAAAAGCACGCCCUCUGGGGCGGUCUGGUCUUCAUCUUGCCUCCCGAGCAAAGUCCCGGGCCAGCAGUGGGCAGAGAGAAGCCAAGGGGGACUCUGGAGCCCGUGGCUGCAAACUUGUGCCUCAGCAGGUGCCCCUUGCACGGUCUGAGAAGAGGAGGGUGUCCAGGAGGAAGGUCUGUGGAUGUAGAGAGGAAGGGGAGAAGCCAAGAAAGAGGGUGAGGUCGUUUCCACUCAGUACUGGCCAACCCCCCUCUCCCCCUACUCUGCUCCAGCCCCUCCCCCAGCCUCUCCAGGUACCAAGUCUUGACAGGUUGGAGGGGAAUCAGGCCAGGGAGAACGAGGAAGCAAGGCAAGAUGACAUCCUCGGGGCCCAUCUGGCCAGAGGCACGCAACACUUUAAGAAGUGGAAGAGAAAGCGCGUGCUGCCUGGCGUCGGGGAGAAGGCGCGGCCCCCGUGGAACCUUCAGGAGCGCCCGUGUUUGGAAAAGGUGGUCAGAGCGGCAAGAGCGGAGCUCCCCAGCCUGGAUUCUGCCCCACACUCACCAGGCCCUCUCCACAGCACAGUUCUGAAGCCCAUGCCGGACAUCAGACAGUUCUUUACCGUGGACUUGAAGAACACCUGCCGUGUCUUCUGCACCCUGUGUCAGAGCAGCGUCAGGCAGCACAGAACUCAAGGGUGGUCCCGCGUCUCGGGCCUCGUCCGUCACUUGGCCAGUAAGCAUGGGCUGAGGUGGGAGAGGAGGCCAGGCCCGGGCACCCCGGAUGGGGAGGUGGCGUGGGCAGAGCAGGUGCAGCAGAAUGCCUUGCCCGCUGGUGCUGCUGGCCCUGCCUCCGGAGGAUGCUCAGCACCCACCUGCCCCCCAGGCACCGUGGCCUCUGGAGACAGGGACAGGGAGUUGGCACUGAGCAGAUCUGAGCUGCUGGCUUCCCCCGUGCCCGCCCCCCCUACAGAAGUCAGAGAGAGCCAAGGUGGUGCCUGUGACCCCAGUGAGCCCCGAGCGCAGGUUUGGAACCGCAGCAUCACAGAGCUGCUCUGCAGCCUGGCCCUGCCCCUCUCCUUUGUGUCCUCUCGGCCUUUCAGGCGGUUCAUGGCUCAGGUGGACCCCAGCUACCACCUGCCCACCCCAGGCUUCUUCUCAGAAAGAGCCUUGCCCCUGCUGCGCGAGGCCGUGCGCAAGCAGGUGCUCCAAGAGAUGCGGUGGGCCGAGGGGGGCCACAUUCACCUCACUGCCUCCAUGUCUGCCCCGGACUCGCUGGUGAACUACGUGGCCAUUACUGCCCACUGGGUGCCAGCCCGCCUGCAUGGCAGCCCUGUGGUGUCGGGAAGCCUGAGGAAGCGAGCCUUGCUGUGGGUCCGAGGCUUGCCUCUGGAGCGAGCAGAAGAGGACCGGCAGCCGGAGCUGCUGGAGCAGAUCAGCCUGUGGCUGGGCCACGGCUCCCUGAAGGCCGGGUUCCUAGUGCUGGGUGGCUGCCCCAGCCUGGAGCAGUUGGUGAAAGCCGAGGGCUAUAUCCACGUACCUUGUUUCACACACUACCUUGACUCCCUGGUGAAUGACUUUCUGUGUCACCAUAAUAGCAUCCAGAUCAUUCUGGGAACAGCCAGGGCCAUCUUCUGUCACUUCCAAGGCUGCCCAGAGGCCCGGAAGCUCCUCAGCCAGCUCCAGCAGCAGUGUGGCCUCCCGGCCCAGCAGCCCUUCGAGGAGCUCUCGGACCACUGGAUCUCAGCUUACCGUCUGAUGGGGUGGGUGGUAGAGCAGCAGCAGGCUCUGCAGGCGUAUGCAGAGAAGCAGCAGCCCGGCAAGGCCAGCACCGCCCUGUCGGCCAUGUUUUGGAACCUGGCAGACAGUCUUGUCAAGCUCCUGCAGCCCUUUGAGAUGGUGGCCCGGGAGGCCAGCACAACGCAGGCUUCCCUAAGCCAGGUGCUGCCCCAGCUGCGCUACCUGCACAUCUUCCUGGAGCAGGUUCACAAGCAUUUCAUGGAGCAGAGUGGGGGGGAGGUUGAUGUGGCCUUGCGUCUGGCCGAGGGCUUGGCCCUGCAGCUCUCCACUGACUGUCAGCUCAACGAGCUCUUCUACCGGGAGGAAUUUGUGCUGGCCACCUUGUUGGACCCUCGCUUCAAAGGCAAGGUGGAGGCCAUUCUGCCUGUGGGGGCUGACAUUGACCACUGGAAGCAAGUCCUUGUUUACAAAGUGAAGGAAAUUAUGGUGUCUGAAUGUCCCUUGGGCACCCUGCAGAGUCCCAGGGGUGUACAUUUGGGUACCACUAGACUAUCCAGGAGCCUUGGGGCUAAGGGGAAAGGUCAGAAGGAGCCUCUGCAGAGAAGGGACGAGUCCAGCUCUUUCCUGCUGGUCCACAGAGAGAAGAGCUUGCUGGAGCAGCUGGAAAGUGUGGGACUGCUGGCCUCUGAGAGGAGUGGGGCCUCCCUCUCCACUGAGAACCACCUGGCUAGCAUCAUUGUCAAGAAGUACCUGCGGGAGAAUGAGACCAUUGGGGCCCAGGAGGACCCACUGGCUUACUGGGAGAAGAAGCGUGAAGCCUGGCCAGCCCUGGCCCAGCUGGCCACCAUUUAUCUGUCCUGUCCACCUACAGGAGCCUUCUCUGAAGGUGUCUUUUCCUCCUUGAACAGCCCUACCAUGACAGAACCAAACUCACCACUUAAGGUGGAGGCAGUUGAGCACCUGCUCUUCCUCAAGACUAACCUGGAGAGCUUCCCCAACUACACCCCUCCACCCCUUAUUUUCCACAGAAAUGAGUCAGCCGAGGGAGAGCAGACCCCAUAGCCUGCCUGCCAGCCAUUGCCUGGUGGCUUCUUGGAGCCUCAGCUUGGACAUGCAGCAUCCUGGUCAGCAGAAUCUAAGCCUGUUUGGUGGGAGGGGCUGAGGCCGUUUUGCAUCCCCUCAUUGAUCCAGUUCAGCUAGCCGUGUGUGUGUGUGUGUGUGUGUGUGUGUGUGUGUGUGUGUGUGUGUGUUUGUUUCUUGGGUUCGCAUGUAGCUGUAGGUUCUCUGUAGUUUCAUACACUCCAGUGCUGUGUUGAAAUGCCAGCGGGAGCCAAGGACCGCGUGUACAGCUUAUUCACGCAAUACGCGGAUUCAUUAAGGCAGCCAGGACAGGAGACCUGGGGUGUGGGCUUGGCUCCCACAGUUCUGAGGCUGCUCUCUAGACUGAAAAGGAAGAUGCACUGGAGUGGAGCAACCACCUCAGGAGAGUGUGGGCACAGCCCUGGAGAGCCCAGGCUGGGCAGAGGACUCUAGAUGAAUUAGACUGACUAGCUACCCGGAGCCUGGACACCCAGUGAAAUCUAAGUCAAUAUUCCACCUGCCUCCCCUUAGCCCUGGCCACUUGUAGGGCAGACCCCUCAUUUGCAAGGGAAAAAAAAGGUGUGCAUAGAGCCUUGUCGGAGUUCUUGUAGGACUGAGGGCUGGGAUGCAGGAAUGCGGAGGACUGGAUUGUAGGAGAAGGGAACGCAGCAGCUGACAGG